ACCCACAAAAUAUUCAUCUGAGCCAUAGUCGUGCUUUAACAUACACUAAAACAGUUUAUUAAUUUUAUUAGUAAAUCCGAUUUACUCAGAAAAUAAUAAAUUAUUUUGUGUUCCUGAAUCCUGCGUAUAUAAAGCAACAUUUAUAAAAUGCGUGAUAACGGUGGCCGCCUUUGGGGAAAAUUCUAUAAUGAUGAAUUUGAAGUGAGAAGUUUGACGAAGGCUGAUUUGCCGCAAGCUUUGGAGGUACUUGAUAAAUCUUUCUUUUUGUGCGAGUCCGCUUGCAUUGGCAGCGAGGUUAAUCUGCCCGAAAAUGCGCAAGCGCGUGGUGAACUACGUGAACUUUGUCGCAUCGCUGCCGAUGAUGGUGUCUCGUUGGUAGCCAAACACGUGGAGAGCGGUAAAAUAGUGGGCGUAUCGUUCAACAAAAUACAGCCCCUGCCACCAGCUGGCGAGGAACUUUUCUUUAUCAAUUUCCGCAAUGAGCAAGCGAAAAGUCCACAAGCUAAACGUCUAAUGGACUUCAUGAUCGAUAUCAAUUCAGCUAGAGAUGUCUAUAAAUUAUAUAACAUUGACACGGUACUGGAGCUGAUGUUCCUCUCUACAUUACAAGAUUGGGGAAAGCGUGGUAUCGCCACCGAAUUGGUACGUUAUACCGUUGAAUUAACGAGAGAGUUGUCACAAGGUAUUGGUAUCGACGAAGUACAUCCAGCAUUGCGCGCGUUGCGCCCGAAGGCGGUGACUGCAAUCUACACAUCCAAGUUCUCGCAGAAAGCGGGUCGCACAACGGGAUUCACAGUAAUCAACACCGUACCCUACACAAAAAUGUCUUACAAUGGCAAAACCUUCGAUCAACGCGUCAAUCCAAUACAUCAAUACGCCGAACAUGUGAUAUUUUUGUUAUGAAACGGUGUGUGAAGUAUCUUAUAGAGACGAGAUGAUAAGAAAUAAAUAUAAUAAAAUAACA